AUGUUUGCUGACAGAGCACGGUCUUACAAGAUCAAUUGGGAGUUCUCAGCCUCUAAAAGAUGUUGCUUGUGUUUCCCCUUACGAUAUGGGUUGAUCGUGUGGGGCAUUUGUUGUCUCAUUUAUAAUACUUACGACAUGUCUUCAGAUAUAAUGAAAACAAAGAAAGUGGUGUUUGAAGAACAAAUAUCAGUUAUGGAUGCCAUCGAAUUAGUGAUAGUGCUUUUGAUAUCGAUAACCAAUGUGGUGUUUGGUUUUGUCUUCAUAAUAGCUGCUUGGAAGAAAAACUGGAGACUUUUAAAGAUUUUCAUGGUGGUCAAUAUUACAGUGGUCACAGUAAGCAUACUGUUGUUCGUGAAAAGUCUUUGCGAAAUAUUGCCUACAUACUUCCGUCUCCGAAGUUCUGCCAUAGAAAGAGUUUUCAGCGACCUUAUUAUGGAGGUGGUUCUCAAAGCAUCAGCCAAGUUUGUUGUAAUAUGCUUGUUACAAUGCUACGCCAUGUUUCUUCUGUGGCAGGAAAUCAAGAAGCUGACUAAAGAAGAUUAUCAGUUCUCGUUCCACACUAAUGAAAAUAAAUGUACUUUAACGCAAGCAUACAAACUCCAUACAGAUGAAGAAGACGAAAAUGCAGGUAGAGAAAAUGUUAAAGGAGAAACAGAAGAAUUAAAAGAAGAAGGUUCUAUAAAGGAUUCAAAAGAAGAAUUAGUAAACAUUGAAUUUGGGAAUAAUCUUGAAGCUAAGUGCUUGAUAGACUAUGAAGAGAAAAUAGCUGUUGAUGCGGAAAGUUAUUUUAAUAUUUACAAUUAA